GUGUCGUCAUUCCAGUUGUUGUUAUCGCGGACGCGGAAGUCGGCGCGAGCGGUGCUUUCUGCGUUAACCUAGACGAAAGGCAGCUGAGGGGAAAAAAAAUCAAGCUUCUGCAAUAUAAGUUCAUCUCUCUGUGGAAUAAAGUAGAACCUGCGAGCCAUCAUGCCGAACAUGGAACAGAAUUUGUUUAACCUGAAGUUUGCAGCCAAAGAGCUACAGCGAAGCUCAAAGAAAUGCGACAAGGAAGAGAAAGCAGAGAAGGCCAAAGUGAAAAAGGCUAUUCAGAAAGGUAACAUGGACGUGGCACGGAUCCACGCAGAGAACGCCAUCAGACAGAAGACCCAGUCCGUGAACUUCCUGAGAAUGAGCGCCAGGGUGGACGCCGUGGCAGCGAGAGUGCAGACCGCCGUCACCAUGAACAAGGUCACUAAAUCCAUGGCCGGAGUGGUGAAGGGCAUGGACGUGACCCUGAAGAGCAUGAACCUGGAGAAGAUUUCGGCUCUGAUGGACAAAUUCGAGCGCCAGUUCGAAACUCUGGACGUUCAGACGCAACAGAUGGAGGACAGCAUGAGCAGCACGACAACGCUCACAACUCCACAGAACCAGGUGGACAGUUUGAUGCAGGAGAUGGCAGAUGAAGCUGGGUUGGAUCUCAACAUGGAGCUUCCCCAGGGACAGACAGGAACAUUGGCCAGCAGCGUGGCAUCUACAGAACAGGAUGAACUCUCUCAGAGGCUGGCUAAGCUCAGAGAUCAGGUCUGAGUGGAUUGACACAAGUGUGCGUGCAUGUGUGUGUGUGUGUGUGUGUGUGUGUGUGUGUGUGUGUGUGUGAGUCGCCAUCAUCAUAACCCUCAUCUUCCUCAUGCCUCGUGUUCGCGACUCUCUGAUGUCCGGAAGAUCUGCUGUUCGGAUUUCCACGCCCCCUCGACCUGGAUGUAGGUCACUCGUGGCCUCGGGGGCUGGUGGGAGUGUGUAGCGUUGUGUAGUUUAGUGUAGUGUCACCAUUCCUUUCAGCUUCAGCGUACUCUGAACUCUCACCACGAACUUGAGAAAAGUCCCCCGAAGACGCCGCCAUCUCACCUGCUCUCUAUCGGGAUUUAUUCGUUAGCAGGUGUUAUGUUAGCCUUGCUUUUUUUUUUCCCCCGCUUUUGGACUGCUCAGAGACCUCGGCACUAAUUUUACAUCCUCUUUCUUUCUCGACACAGAGGCCACCUAAUAAUAAACCACCUAAUCCAAACACUAUGAUCGAAAUAAAAAAUGUAUUUACUCUACUCUAGUAUUGCUCUGUGUUUAAAUUCAGGAACACUUUAACGGUCUUGAUUUAUAACACUGUAAUAAACGCUUACAGUGUAGUUGUGCAGUUCGCUCGAUUUCAGAUCAUGGUGGUUACUUUCAUUAUGAUGAACUUGUUUAAAAUGGAAUAAACUUUUUAAAAAACGACGCUCGAUUCAUCAGAUACCUUUUAAGGAAACGUGCCAGAGGGGUGUGGCUAAUUCCUGCAUCCAAAAAAAUGUUGUGGGUGGUGCCGAAGUGUAACUGUGUUGUGGUGAAGGGUAGAGAUGUAUAAUAAUAAUAAUAAUAAUUAUGAUAAUCAGAGCGUAAUUUAGAUGACGGAACAUUGUAACUUUAGCUUAAGUACGUUAUAAACAAUAUAUAGUUUUAUAUAUAAAUAUAUACAGUGUCAUAACUCAAGACCAUAGUUAAAGUAAUGCUAAAUGCGUGUUGUUAUUUUUUAAUGUACGCUGAUCUAAAUCAACACAUAAAUUGAACAGUGUUCGUCGCUGUCGUUGUGUUGGAGAAUAAUCUGGAUUCCCUGCACAGUUAAAGAAGAUAAGGAAUCUUUAAGAUGUUUAUUUAUUCUCAUUUCUUCAUUUGUUUGUUAGCCACAUGAGAGGUGUGUGGGGUUUGUUUCCUUCAUUUUUUGGGUUUAUUGGGAAAAUGCUGUCUACAGAUUAAGAACUGAAAUAAAUAUUUUAUAACCGUUAUUACCUA